CCCACUUCCGGAGCGCCGUUUUUCAAAACAUUGUAAAAAGACGCCGAUUACUUUCGGAUUAUUGACACCUAAAGCCACUCAAGGUGGACCUAUCGAUGUUCCACCAAUAGGUGGUAUAUACAUUUCCAUUAUGGCAUUGCCAGCAGAGAAGAUUUCUGAGCUGAAGCAGAUCAUUCACAACCAUCUUUCUCAGAUGGAUAUCCAGAAAAGCAUCCAGCAAGUUUUGUCAGAUAGUCUGCAAGGAGAAGCAGCUUUUAACCAACAAUCACAGUUCAACGAACAAGAUGUCUUAGAAAUGUUGAGACAACAAGGUGUUAUUGACAAUGUUAUGCAAAAAUUACAUAUUGAACAAGGACAACAUAUACCAGGAGGAAAACAAGCAGCUAGAUUUAUAGAUAAGGAUGACCAUCUCACUACAAGUACUCCACUUAAAAAGACCAAUAUAGACCCAUCAAGGCGCUACCUCUACCUACAAGUUCUUGGGGGUAAAGCAUUCUUAGAGCAUCUCCAAGAACCUCAGCCUCUACCCGGUCAGGUGUCAUCAACAUUUACUGUACAUAUAAACUUCAGAAGCCAGCGAUUUAAGUCAAAACCAACACCAUGUGCCUGUGACCCAAACAUUCAAGAAGGUUUCUUGUUAGAGAUUCAUAAAGAUUCUUCAGGGGAUGCUGGGAGAAUGCUAGAUAGCACAGGUAUGCUGUCUGUAUGUGAUCCUGUACAUAUCGUGCUCAUUAAGACAGACUUUAAUGGCGAUACUCACCUUGUAUCAUCACAUUUCUUAGAAUGGCGAGUAGUACUAUCUCAACCUCAAGGCAGACUAGGGACAUCUAUUGAAUUACUUGGAGUGGGUACAGAAUGUAAAGUUCCUGUUGGACUACUAGAUAUUAAACUAGAGCUACUUCCCAAGACCAUAGAGGCCAUCUCAGGCCAGGUGCUAACAGCCCAGUUUAGUAUGGAGAAGAACAAGCAGUCAGAACGUGAGCGUCUGUUUCUUGUUUAUGCCAAGCAAUGGUGGAGAGAGUUUCUACAGAUUCGACCAACUCACAGUGAACGUCUCGUUAAAAUAUUUGCUCAGGAUGAAAAUGGAAUAAAUCGCCCUGUGUGUUCAUACAUAAAGCCUUUAAGGGCUGGAAGACUGCUCGAUACGCCUAGAGAAGCAGCUAGAUUUGUCAGUCUUAUAGGAUAUGAAAGGGUACCCAUGUUGGGAGGUGGUGAUAGAGCCGAACAGUGGUCCACUACGCAUGCAUUUUUUUGCAGGAACAAGGGGGACUGUGAAGACCAUGCUAUUCUGCUGUGUAGUCUACUGCUGGGAUUUGGUUUAGAUGCCUAUGUGUGCGUUGGCACCAAGUCUAAGGCCGCUCCUCAUGCUUGGGUCACAACAAUAGGAGCAGAUGGCCUGGUCACCUUCUGGGAAACACUCACUGGAAACAGGUACAUCCACAAGGCAGUAAAUCCUGAUGAUCCUCCCCUAGAUAAGCAACACAGACCCCGCUACCCAUACCAGACUCUGGGAUGUGUAUUUAACCAUACAUCAUUCUAUGCUAACACACAGGGGACAGAUACUAUAGGUGCUUGUCAGCUAGAUCUCCACAACCAAUCACAUUGGAAGGCUAUGUCAGCUGAUGCAAUACGGAGUGUUUGCGGAAUGGGGAAUAUUCCAACAUGGCCGACAUUGCCCCCCUUAUGUGCCAGUAACCUUGAUUCAGCACUACUAAGCAAUGACUUGGAAGUGGAGCUACGUGCCUUAGUGGAUCAACAUAGAGCAGAUCAGGGAUUGAACACUACAUGGGACGAUCAACUCAGCUACCUUCUUACACCAGCCCUAGCCUCAUAUGAGACUGAGAGAAUAACAGGUAUAUCUGCUGGAAAUGAAGAGUUCCAGCAAGCCAUCCGAAUAGCAGUUCCAGAAGGUCAUACAUUUAAGGGAUACCCUGUACAGUUCGUUCACAGAAAUGCAAGGAAGGCAUUUGCAGCAUGUUUAAAGUCACCAGUAUGUGAAGAGAUAAUAGACUGUAGAGGAGACUUGAUACGUUUAGCAGUGCGUGUGAGAGUCUUCACAUACCCAGAAUCAGCUUGUGCCACUUGGAUUAUGUUUGCAUGUAAAUACAAGUCUAUACUAUAA